CAUUACGACAUCGUAACGUGAAUCCUUUGUAAAAGCCACCCUAUUUAUUAAUCUCAUGAUUCCCCCAUAAAACAACCAUCGAAACUUCUCCUCCUUCAAUCUUCACCCACACAUACAGACACACUCCCGCUGUCCUUCACCUCUUAAAUCUCAAUGGCUGCUUUUCCAAUGACUUGUGUUAGAUUGACGACUUCCAUGAACACCAAUCAGAUGGCAGGGAAAAUCUCGACACCGAAGUUGGUCCAUGUGGGUCGGGCCACAACCGAUUUCCCUUGCCUAAGAACAUCCCGCUUUCAGACCUCUUGCUUAAAAGACACGUCGAUUAGCGACGCAAGUGACGCUAUUGAGAAACGUGCUAAAGAGAUAGGCGCAAACACAACUGAUGUUAUUGAGAAACUUGAUGAGAAGAAAGAUACUGUGACAUCUACAGCAAAUGAAGAUAUUAAGAAAGUUGUUGAGAGUACAAAUACAAACGCAAAAGACCUUGCUGAGAAACUGAUUGAGAAGAAAGAAGAAGUAGAAGCUAAUACAAGUGACGCAAUUAAAGGGUUUGUUGAGAAGGCAAGCAAAGCAGCGACCGACUUUACUGAAGAAAAGUGAAUCAUAUAGUGAUUACACAAUUUUUUUUUAUAAAAAAAAUGCUUAUAUAAAUGUUGUUAUCUUGCGAAUUAUAUGAAGAUAUAUUUUCAUAAAGUUAUGAGUUCUAACCCUUCCAACUACAAUAU